AUGACGGCCCCAGUGCGGGGUGACGACGGGGCCGUGCGGCAGGGCCCCGGAGAGAGCGACUACUCGGAGCCCUUCGAGGCAGAGCCGGAGCCGGCGCCCGAGCGCGGCUGCGAGGAGGCCGCCGAGGCCGGAGGGCGCGCGGGGCGGCGGGGGCGGCCGCGCCGGGGCCCCCAGCUCUACGACACCCCGAGCGAGGAGUGGGAGGUGGGCGAGGAYGCGGGGCCGGGCGCCGCUCGCGACAGCCGCCUGCCCCGCGACGACGAGCGGCCCGCGGACGAGUACGACCAGCCCUGGGAGUGGAAGAAGGAGCACAUCUCCCGGGCGUUCGCAGUGCAGUUCGAGAGCCCCGAGCGCUCCCCCGGGCGCCCCCGGGAGCCGCCGCGGCCCCCCGGCGGUGCCAGGCCCGGCUGCCCGCCCAGCCCGGGCCGCGUGGACCCCUCGCUGCCCCUGGAGAAGCAGGUGUGGUACCACGGCGCCAUCGGGCGCGCGGGCGCCGAGACGCUGCUGGCUCUGUGCCGCGAGGGCAGCUUCCUGGUGCGCGACUGCGAGACCAGCCCCGAGGACUACUCGCUCUCGCUGAGGAGCAGCCAGGGCUUCGUGCACGUGAAGCUGACGCGGACGCGCGAGCGGCACUUCGUGCUGGGCCGCGCGGGCGCCGCCUUCCCCUCGGUGCCCGCCGCCGUGCGGCACUACUCGGCGCGCGCGCUGCCCGUGCGCGGCGCCCGCCACCUCUCCCUGCUCUACCCGGUGGCCGCGCAGAGCCUGUGA